CCUCGAAUUCAGAUUGCCGUCGUGGCAGUCUUGAGUCCGACGCUCUAACCAAUAGUAAGUGAUUAAAAUGUUGACGUAUCAGUUUUCUCUGAUGAUGGUUUCAUUAAAUGCACUUGUUUCUUUCAACAGUGUCUAUGCCAGGAAUCGCAGGCAUCAUGAUGACUCUCGCCACUGGGCCAGGCAUGGAGAUGUUGGGGCCUAAGAAAUUUCUCCUGAUCACUCUUCUCCCAGCAGGAAUUCCAUGGCUUGUGCAGGCCUUCACUCCUUACCUCUCUCUCUUCUACCUGGGUCGAGUGGUCUCUUGCCUCAUUUACACUGCCCUGGGCCCUGUCACGGCAGUCCUCAUUGCAGAGAUUAGUGUGCCAAGAAUUCGUGGUCUGUUGCUCAGUGUUGAAGAAAUCACUGUCGCCGUCGGCCAGCUGGCCAUGUACGUCAUGGCACACUCCCUCCCCUGGGACGUGGCCACAGCUGUUUGUGCAGCUCCCAUGAUCUUGGUCGCCUCCCUCACCUUCUUGGUGCCAGAGAGCCCCUAUUGGCUGAUCCGCCGAGGUCAGAAGGACGCUGCAUUGGAGUCUCUCAAGAAGUUAAGGGGUCCAACUGAAAAUAUAAACCUCGAAUUUCAAGAAAUAUCAGCAAGCAUUCAAGGAAUACGCCAGAUUACAAUAAAGGAUCAGAUCAAACAACUUGCCAGGCCUCAAAAUUAUCGUCCAGUUCUGCUGUUGACGGCAGUUUUCAUCCUGAGGGAGCUCGGAGGGCAGUAUGUGGUCUUCUCCUACUCGGUGUACCUCUUCCGGAAGGCGGGUGUCGGCCUGGACGCCUUCGUCUGCACAGUGUUGGUGGGCGUCGUGAGACUCGUCUUCACAGUCGUCGGAGCGGCGGUCGUGGACUCCGUCGGGCGUCGCCCUCUGCUGAUCGCCACGUCUCUCGUAUGCGGAGCGGCCGAGGUCGUCGGCGCGGUAUUCCUGCUGGUGGACGUCCCCGGGACGUCGUGGGUCCCGCUCGCGGCGGUGAUGGUUUUCGUGUCCUCGUACGGCCUUGGAAUCGGCCCUAUUCCUUGGGCUCUCAUGGGCGAACUCAUUCCCACUCCUGUGAGAUCAAUUGGAAGUUCACUGUGCAAUUUGAAUUUCUCAAUAUUUAGCUUUAUCAUCAGUUUCGUCUUCCCAUACUUGCUGGAAAUUGGUCUUGGCUUUGCAUUCCUGGUUUUCGCUGCAGCGAAUGCAUUUUUGACAGUGAUGCU